AACAGCUACUUGCUUGUUUAAAUCUAUCGGAAAAAGUCAAUUUGAAUGUAAUUAUUACUGUUAGUUUUUAGAAACAUCUCCCGGUAGUUUUAUUUCUAGAGUCUUUCCCUUCUUUCUCUUCCUACCUUCCCAGGUUUGUUCUGUGUUUUGUGGCUGUCUUUGAAGUUCUUGAUGAUACUUCUCUCUCCAGUUCUUGACACUUUGGAAAUGCUUGGGUAACUUUGUAUAUCCAUCUCCUGCUCUGUGAGCAACAGCGAUUCUUUUUCUCAAGUCUAAAGCGAUUUCUUUCGUAUUUGGCACUUGAUUUCUCAAGCGACGGCUCAAGCACUUGCUGAAGUUAUUAUACUGUGUGUAAAUUAGAAGAUAACCCUCAGUUUUAAUUUGAUUUUACAAACUUUGAGCAUCACAGCGUUAUAACACAUUGCACAGCAGCGGUUUGUGCAAUGGCUCGGUAUAAAGGUCAGUUUUUUUAUUGAUCCUGGUCAUUUUUGUUUCUAAACAAAAAUCUCCAGGCUGCUUUCUAAAGAAAACUAAUAUGCUUAGAAAUGCUCCAAUGAAAAUCCCUUGCCCUGUUGAAACACACUUUGACCCCCUGGAAAGUUUUGUGACAAAUCUCACAGCGGGUUAAUCGGUUUGUCCUUAUUUAUAGUUAAUCAGGGUAAGUCAGAGUUUUCAAAAGUGUGACACAUCUUUUGUUUUAUGUACUUUUUCUUUAGGCCUUAGUUUGUACUUUUCCACAGUGUUGUGACCACAUAUGUAUCAAUUUACCCUUUAGACAUCCACUUACAAAAAAACCACACUGUGUAGCCAGCAGCUACAUUCCUGUUUCAUUUGUCAGUGAGACUGAUCGUGAUUGCACCAGUGAAGGCUACAGUUUCAUUGAGAAUGAUUGGCUCUCCCUUAGCCCUCUGCUGUGCAUAAGUCAGUCCUGAUUCCCAUAAUGAGCCAGCGAAAGAGAUGAUAGGCGGGUGGGAGGACACUAUUAAUCCUCAGUAAGCAUGUUGCGUGUCAACCGGCCCUGCUUGGAGAUUUACAGGCCUGUAAUGGGGGUCACUCUUCCAUCUUCUCCGGGUGGUGCAGGCCUCGACUUCUUUUGCUCUGCCCUGGUCUGGUUAACUAUUUGUGGGGAGGCGGAGGACCCCGAGAGCCUUAAAUCUAAUCUGUUGUCCAAUAUUAACCACAGCACAAACAGAACAGUGGUAAACAAAAGGAAGAGUAAACACACUCCCCAAGGCCUUUAGGACAAAUAUGGACAGUUACGUUCACAGCGCACAGUUAGGUACAACUUAAAUAAAAGAAGCAAGGUUUGUUUAUUCUGAAGGGAAACUUUAAGGAAGAUUUCUUUUAUUUGAAACGUGAGAUUAAUGGAAAAUGUUUCUUUCGCCCAGUCCAGCUGUUGCACUCUUGUUACACAAACCUCAACAUGCAAGGAAUAAAGCCAUCAUCUUUCCCCAGCGUUUUCUGAUCUAUGACGUCCCAGUCAGGUCCAGCUGUUUGGACACACAGUCCCAUCCCUGUCCCUCCUCGGUGUCCCCCCACUUUCCCUUUUGUCUAUCCCCCUGGGAUGUGUAAUCCCUCCUCCAGCACAUCAUCCACCACCGACCAAGAGGAUCAGCUGCACUGCUGCUCUCUGCUUUUUAAAAAUAGGCUGGGAUAUCAGCUAAGAGACCUGGACGCAUCCUGGGGAUUGAGGAAUGUCUCCACACUUCCCAGAGCCUUGAUAUCUGCGAGAAUUCUCUGAAUGAGAGAGUGGACCGAGCUGGAGAUGAGCUUCACGGCAGGGGGGUUUCUCAGCACCUCAGAUGGUUACUGCUCCGCUGAGCAGCUCCAGUACUACGAUAUGCUGGCUGACCCCCUGGGCUAUCCCCUGCAGGACCCUGACCUCCAGCUCCUCCCAUACAGCCAACAACAGUAUAGUCCUGCCAACCUGCCCUUCUCCCACUAUGGUUCUCCACCCUCCUCUGCCCCCUCUCCCUCCUCCUCCUCCUCUUCCUCUCAGCUCUGCAACCCACCAUACCAUUACAGCCCUCACUGCCUGGAGGCCCCUUGCGAUCCGAGCCCCGAGCCCCACUGUGGGGGCCUCUUUGCUCAGGGCCUCGGAUCUGUAGGACUGCCAAUGGGGCGGAGGUCCCGGAUGGGCUCGGGUGGAAAGAGCAGAGGUCAGGAUGAGCUGUGUGUGGUGUGUGGUGAUAAAGCAUCAGGAUACCACUACAAUGCUCUUACCUGCGAGGGAUGCAAAGGAUUCUUCAGACGCAGUGUCACCAAGAAAGCUGUGUAUCACUGUAAGAGUGGCGGUAGCUGUGAGAUGGAUAUGUACAUGAGGAGGAAGUGUCAAGACUGCCGUCUGAGGAAGUGCCGAGCUGUGGGAAUGCUGGCUGAAUGUCUGUUGACUGAGGUGCAGUGCCAAUCCAAACGCCUGAGGAAAGGAGGUAAAAGCAGAGGGCAAGAGGAAGAGGAGAACACAGACACCAGGAGAGUCAGCUCUACCAGCAGGCUACCCGGACAGGCUUUGUCUGCCAGUUUAACCCGAGAACAGAAAUACAUCGUGGACAGGAUGGUGGAGGCCCAUAGGCUCUACAGAGGUCAGGACAGUAACAAUUUUAGGGCAUUUGAGUGGCUGUGUCCAGAAGAAGUGGAAGGCCUGUCUGAUGUAGUAUCACCCCGCCUACAAAGGCUGCUGCAGUUUGCCAGGACAGUGCCAGGUUUUGACCUCCUGGAUUUCUCAGACCAGAUUUCUCUGCUAUCCAUCUCUUCAUUGGACGUCAUGUUCCUGCUCUCUGCCCAGCAGUUUUCCCACAACCCAACAAGCCCCAGUCCAGCACUGCAGCUUUUCAGUAUGUCAACACACAGCUUUCUCAGAGACGUAGAAUCAAAGGAAAACAUCCACAGCAGGGGACUCAUUGGUUCAGAGAGCAGUGAGGAUCUCUUUGCACCAGUGCUCAACUUCUUCCACAGCAUGGUUGCGCUGCGGGUGACGGAGGCUGAGUACACCUUACUUACAGCCACAGCGCUGCUCUGCUCAGACCGCGCAUCCCUGCAGGCAGCCAGCUGUGUUGAGAAAAUGCAGGAACUGAUCCUGGACCUGCUGUCCAGGUUGUGCGGGGCCCAAGCUGGAGCAGCGCGAGGAGGAGCUCAGAGGUUUGGCCGCCUGCUGGGCAGACUGACGGAGCUGCGAACCCUCCGCCACAACUACCUCCUCCUGACAAGACAGCAGUCUGGACACUGACAGUGAAGAUGUGCAAGAAAUUCUGAAAAUCUUCAGUCUUUUAUGUCUUCACUUCAAUUCAAAGACUUAUUUGUACAAACACUGUCUUAGAAUGGUUCUAAUUGGGUAUAAAUGGGACAGUGUAGGAGACAGUUACUCAGCUGUCUUUGUUUUCUCCCCAGUCCUGAGUCAUUUAGGAAUUUUAGCCUCUAUAACAGGACUGAGAUGCACUUGUGAGCUGCUGCAGUUUGUUUCAUCAAAGAAACUUUUAUAGGUGUUUUUUUAUAUUUGUAUACAUUUAACAUUCACACUUACAGUACUUUUCACUUUGCUGAACAAUGUUAAAAUAAAGCAUAAAAGGAAAGCUGUAAUGAUAAUGCAGUUGUAAUGAACGUACACUCACUGGUCACUUUAUUAGGCACACAUUACUAGUACUAGGCUGCAACUUUCAGAACGGCCUUAAUUUCUUGUAUCAAAGAUUUAGGAAGGUGCUGGAAACAUUCCUCAGAGAUUUCUUGUCUGUAUUAACAUGAUAAGCAGCAUACAUGUAGAUUUCUUAUCUAUACAUCCAUGAUGUGAAUCUUCUGUUCCACCACAUCCCAAAGGUGCCUUAUUGGACUGAGAUCUGGUGACUCUGGAGAUUAUUCGAGUACAGUGACCUCACUGUCAUGUUGAGGAGAAAGGAUGGAUCCAUGCUUUUGUGGUGUUUACACCAAAUCAGAAGGGGUGCUUUUCAGGUCUUUUCUUAAUUUUGGUGAGCCUGUGUAAAUGGUAAAUAAAAUGGUCUGUAUUUGUA